UAUUGACCGAUAAGUGGCGCUGCCGGUAUCGCGCGGUCGACGCUCGCGCGUUCUUUCAUAACCUGCAAUGUUAGUAGUUUUCUCUCUUUCUAUGUGCGUUAUCGUUGUGAAUUCAGUUUUUAUUUCCCUGUGGUAAGGUAUUCAGCGUUGAGUUUGUGCUUGUAAAUGUGAUCCCGUUUUAGUUUUCAUGAACCUAGUGAAACCGGCUCGUAAGACUUCGCAUCAUGUUAGGCCUAAGAGCCGUGAAGUGUGCCCGCGAGAGUGAAAUGCGUUCGCAAAGAAUAUGCUUUACGAACUUGUGGUUAAGUGAAAAGAGAGCGAAAUGUAAUUCGCGGAUUCUUGGGAAGCGUCGACUGAGAACUGCGUGCUGAGUAUCCAUGGGAAUACCCAGGCAAGGUUAGGGAUCUGCUGCGUUUGCAGGUUUACCAGUACUGCCAAUCCUUUUCACACCUGGAGUCGCGUUUCCCCAGGUCGCCUCGACAGAGUGUGUAAACCUGUGGGUUUAGCUGGUGCCAGGCGUAGUUGAGAGGUUUCCUACGGCUUGGCUGGUGGGUGUUUGGGGUUGGACUGCCUCCCCGAGGCAUGGAAGCUGCCAAUGAGGAGCCGCUCGCCGGCAGCGACGUGAGCGACGACGAGGGCUCCGCUGCCAGUUCGGUUGUAUCCGGUUCUCCCGAGGAGGAGGGGCAGCAGGCUCCGGAGGCACCCAGCUCGCCUCCCACACACGGUGGUCAAGCUGCGAUGCAGAGUGAAGACGAAGGACGUGAAGAGGCGGUCAAUCCCGCGCAGAGUCGUUGUUCGGAUGCCUCUCAGGACGGUGCCAUCGAAAGUGAAGAGGAAGGAGCUGUCCAUAGCCCAGAACCGACGCCCCAGCUUCACGUGAGCGUCCAGUUUGGCUGCGGUCUGAGCCCGCUCUAUCCGCCUAAUGACUUAAUUUGUUGUUUCCAGCUGACUGAGGACAUCAGCGAGGAUGCGUUGGAGGCUGCUCCGGCCCCUGUGGCUAAAAAGCCCCUCAGCAGCCGAUCCAUGGAGCCGCUUGAGGGAGAGCUGGACUUCGAGGAUGACGCCCCCUCUGAGUCCCCCAGCGUGUCCCUCAACAAAGGCCAGGAGGACAAGGACAAAGGAGGGGACAAGACAAAGGAAGACAAUCUCGAAGAAGGUGAAGCCGAGGACGACGGUGAAGUGUCCGACGUCAGCGGCACGGAGCUGUCGGUGCAGGACGACGACUUGGAAGAAGGAGAGUUGCCAGAUGGGGGCACGAGCACGGCCUCCGGGGUGCGCAAGGCCCAGGCACGGCCCAUCUGUCGCUUUUUCAACAAGGGCCAGUGCACCUGGGGAUCGCUGUGCCGCUUCAUUCACCCGGGCAUCAACGACCGGGGCAACUACAACAUGUUUGCGCCCCCUCCACCCCUGCCCAUGCCCAUGCCCAAGCCCCACCACCACAUGCCACCACUGGCGCCUCCCAGCAACGUUAUGAGAGGAUCGGGAGGGGUUCCCCCGUGCGAGUUCCUGCCACCGCCACCACCGCCUGAGGAGCUGGUACCCCUCGUGGAGUCUGCCUGGGAGCGAGGCCUGCGCCAUGCCAAGGAGCUGAUGAAGCGGGCAUCACGACGCAAGGAGCAGGAGCCAGACUUUGAGGAGAAGCGGCUGAACCUUGGACCUGAGACCCACGAGCGGGCCCCCAGUCACCUCGAGGUGGACAAGGAGAAUGAGUUCUACGCUCCAGCGGGCGCGCCCCCACCUGUCCCUGCGAGGGGCCCUGCCCUCAGUCCGCCUUACCUCGCAAGGCCGCAGCACCCACCGAGGGGACGCAGGACCACGGGUUCUCGGGACGACCUCUACGGGUUUGAUGAGCCGGAUCCACUGGAGCACUCGGAGCGGGAAGCUCGGGAGUACUGGCGCGGGGGUCGCUACGAGAACUUCCAAGUCCGCUGGAACAGUCGGCACGAGUUUGAUCCCAGGGAUCGGCGUGAGAAAGACCGCAGAUUUGGGAGAAACUAUGACCGCGAAAACGUGUUUCCGGUUGGUGGUGGUGGCAAUGGCGGAGGCUACUCGCACGGUGGCUCUUCCCGCAUGGAGCGCCCUCAUGUGAUGGAGAGGGAGCCCCGCUGGAGGGAGGAACGUUUUACCGAAGCGCCGCCCCCUCCCUCGGCUCGCUCUCGUCCCGAUGAAUGGAGGGACCCCUGGAGAAGGUCGAAAACUCCUAAAGGUCGUCGAAGUCGCUCAGGUGGCCGCAACCGGAGAUCCUUCUCAAACUGCUCUUCAAGGUCUUUCUCAUCACGGUCAUCUAGGUCGUCUUACAGUUAUUCCCGCAGCUCUUCAUCUCGAAGUUCAUUCUACAGUUCUGAAAGUCGGUCGCGGUCGCGAUCUCCUGUGGCACCAGCGCCCCCUGGAAGGUUCCGUGGCGGUCAGGCACCAUCUCGGGGGCCCCCUUGCUAUGGUCCUCCAAGUCAGUCUCCUGUGGGCAAGCCAGGGAGCCGUCAAGGUACAACCAGGACGUCUCCUGUGCUGGACCGCAGGAAAGCACAUGAUCCCUCACCACCUCCCAUCACGGCACCCCUGGGGGCCCCCCGGGGGAAGCCCCGUAGGAAGGUGCCCAGUCCCCCAUCCGGCAAGCUGAAGAAGUCGCGAAGUGGCAGUUUCUCGGGCAGUUCAACACGGUCUCACAGCCGGACUAGCUCAUCGAGAACACCGUCACGGUCAAGGUCGCGGAGCUAUUCACGCAGUCUGAGCAUCAACAGUGUCUCGUCGGCAUCGAGCUCUCCAGGGCGGCCACCAAACCCCGUUCCUCCUACCAACCCUGUGGGCGUAGCUGUUGCCAGAAAUCCAUCGCCCCCAAAGAAAGCUGUGGCAGCAGUGGCUCCGGAGGUGGCUAAGAAGCGUGUGGAAAAGGAGGUGCCCAAGCCUGUGGCACCCCCCCCUGCGGUGAUGUACCGGGAGCCGCCUCUGCCCCCCACCCUGGACCUUGGGAGCCUGGAGGAAGAGUUGGCCCACCGGCAAGCCAAGGAGCCUCCCAAGCAAACCUCCCAGAAGCCCCAGAUUAAGCUCACUCUGAUCAAGAAGGCACUCCCACUUUCCUUAGUGAAGAAAGAAGAACCAGCGCCUAAAAAUAAUGCGGACAAAGGACCCAAGAAACGACCGGCAUCUCCGAAGGCCAACUCCCCGUCUCCCCCACCCGGAGGCCGCAAGUCGACCACCCUCCGUCGCGAGGAGCUUCUGAAGCAGUUGAAGGCUGUUGAAGACGCUAUAGCUCGGAAACGAGCCAAGUUUAGCUAGCCCUGGCUCUUGCCUCAUCAUCUCCCGUCGUCCUUUAUGUAAAUAACCUUCCUCUUGAUCACGGAACCAACAUCCCACACACUUCCAUUGUGGUGUGUUGCAUAGCAUUAUUGUGUGCUGAGCUACCGUCGUCAUUGCUGUGGUAACUGCAAAGGUGGUACUAGCCGAGUGGUAUUGCAGUAAAUAAACCAGGGUUGAUCAAAUUGAAGUCGGUCUAAAUUAAUUGCUAGCUCUUAAACAAAAUUCUGUAGUGAAGUUGGCUUCAGUUGCAAUCUUAAUUGUCCUAGCAGCUGAGGCAGUAUGUUCAUUUUCAAAUUGUAAUACUAGCAGUCUUGGCAGAAAUUUGUAAUUGUAGUCUUUCAUAAUAAACAAAACAGGAUCAUGCACCCUGCCCUAAAUAGUGAAUGCUAAAUGUUCGUGCAACAGAGUUGGUUCCAUGUUGUGAAUUAUUUUUAUUGCAUCAAGAGUUCCACAGUGCUGUUCAAGCGACAUUUGGUUCCCACUGUGACUUAUUUGCUUUUGAUAACGAGUACCACAAGUUAAUAUUUGAUUCUUUGUCUCCUCUCAACAUGUCUACGAAACUUAUUUUUGUUUUUGUUU